GCCUGAUUUAAAAGAGAGAAUUUUGUGCGAGGUUCGAACACGAUCGUCAGUUAUUAACACGUCGCGAUGAAGAUGUGCACGUACAUUUUCUUCUUAUAUUCUAUCUCUCAUAUCGGAGCCUUCCUGGCUCUGACAGAAGAGUCACCCAUAGAUGCUGGUUUAAGGCCCCUAAUACUGGGACCAGAUAAGAAUAUACCACCCAAAGAACCACCCGAAAACGAGAUUUUGACCACACAUAUGUUGAAGUGCAUUCAAGAAGAAGCAAAUACUUUGGCAAAUUUAAGUAACACGGAGGAAAGAGCGGCGUUAAUAUUUGGCAAACUAAAGACGCAUGCCAUUACUAUUGCCGAAUGCCAUCAAACGACGGAACGAUAUGCAGAGCUGGUGAAGAAUUGGUCCAUGGUUCGAGCAAGGAGUGCCAUAGAGUACUUUGAAGACACUUACGGUCUGGACUCAGAUAUUAGUACAGAAGAAGUAACGAAAAUGAAGGACUUGAUUAAGAGGAGUGACGCUGUACGCAAAACACGAGGAGAAAAAAUAUACGCAGAGAAAGUUUAUGACCAAUUAAAGAUAUAUCGUCGGGCAGCACUGUGGUACAAGAUACUCUGUGAUAAUAAUACAAUUUAUCCCGCUACGAUAUUACUUGGUUUGAUUAAAGCGAAUAAAGACCCACCAAAAACCAAACCGGAGUUUAGUUUGUGUAUUGCCCAAGCGUACAAAGAUCUGUCUCAGGCACUUAUUCAUCCUGCUAUUCUCAAGAGUAUGACUGGAUCGAAUAUGUACGAUGUGAACUUAGCUGUAUUCGGAUGCUCGAGCGCAGCUUUGAAGAUUUUAUUAUCAACUAGCGACCCGUACGUGCUUCGCACGUAUGAAACAUACUAUCAGAGAAAACAGAAUUCAUCUCACAAUAAUCAAUAAUCAGUAGGACAUGAAUCGUUGCGAUAUAUUAUACGACAUUAUAAUGCGGCAUUACUAUUAUGAUGCAUUAUAAUGGAUUAUAGGCAUUAUAAAUCAUUAUUACCACGUGGGAAUGAAA